AUGGAGUUCGACGAGGAAGAGCCGCGGAGGCAGAAUGAAGUCUACGACGCACUCAUCCGUGAACUCGUGCGCGUCCCGGACGACGUGAGGGAUGCGGUGGCGUCGUUUUUACAAGAUUUGAGACGCGACGGCGUCGAUUGGUACCGGGUUGGCGACGGUGGCGAGUUUGAUGACAAGGAGAGUUGGCGGGUUGGCGACGGUGGCGAGUUUGAUGACAAGGAGAGUUUCUUUCGAACAGUACAUGCGGGGGCGUGCAUGCGGGCUGCGCGCAUUAUGGGUUCAGGAUGUUUGAAGUUCGCGCGCGAGCACGUGGCGCCGUGGGACGAGUGGACGUGCGCGAUUGCCGCCUAUUAUGGAAAUCUGGACUGUUUGAAGUACGCGCACGAGAACGGGUGUCCUUGGAACGAGAACACGUGCAUCGCUGCCGCCUGGAAUGGACACUUGGACUGUUUGAAGUACGCGCACGAGCACGGGUAUCCUUGGAACGAGAGGACGUGCGCGUCUGCCGCCUGGAAAGGACAUUUGGACUGUCUGAAGUACGCGCACGAGCAAGGGUGUGAUUGGGACGCAUGGACGUGCGACAAUGCCGCCGAUGGUGGACAUUUGGAGUGUUUGAAGUACGCGCACGAGCGCGGGUGUGAUUGGGACGAGAGGACGUGCGCGUCUGCCGCCUGGGAAGGACAUUUGGACUGUCUGAAGUACGCGCACGAGAACGGGUGUGAUUGGAACGAAACGAUGUGCGCGUCUGCCGCCUGGAAAGGACAUUUGGACUGUUUGAAGUACGCGUGCGCUUGCGAAUGUCCAGGCUCCGAUCGUUACGCCGAGGCGCUGAACGAAGUCGUCGUCCCGGUCGUCGACGAGCGAUUCGGCGUCGAAGUCGCGCUCGCGUUCCAUCGAAACGGCGGCGAGAUCUCCAUGCGCGAGUUCCUGCCGUUAUGGGUAGCGCACAGAGAAGGUUACCGCGACGCGCACUUAGAAGUCGCCCGAAACGUGUCCAAUAGUUCAUGA